UAUUUAUUUAUGCAAAGUGGGACAAGGGAAGUAAAAUUAGCUGGAAGUUGUGAGAUGGAGGAUUUAAUAAGUAAAGUUUAGUAUGUUAUUGUACAAGUUUACCCAUAUGAAGUAGUAAAUUAGCAUUUCAGUAAUUUUGUUGAGAAUACAAAAGAGUUUGUAGAAACAAGAGAAUAGUUGAAUAAAAUAGGAGCAAAUGUUCGAUUGAAAUUGGAUGAUUGGCCAACAAUUGAGGAAGUUAAAAUGUUAUUCUAAUUAAAUAUGUAUUCAAUUAUAAGUAAAAUAAUUAAAGUUAGAAUGCAAGAAAAAGAAGUGUUAAAUGGAAUGACACUGAUAAACGUUUAUUUUAUUGGAUUGUUAUUAGAUAUUGUUUAGUUAAGGAUAUUAAUUCACUUGUAAAUAAUAAAUAAAUCAAUAGACAUUAAAUGAAUGGAGAGAUAUUUCUAAAAUGAUACUUGGACAUAAUGCACAUUAAUGCAGAUUAAAAUGGGAAUAAAAAUAUAAGAUUUCUCUUUCUGAAGCUCCUUGGACAGAAGAAGAAGAUUAACUUUUAUAAUAAGUUCAUGAGUAUAGAAUUUAUAAUUUUAUAAUUUCUUAGAGAGUUUAGUAGAUUGGGAAAAGAAAAUAAAUGGUCUUAAAUAGCCAGAGAAAUUUAUAAAAGAUCACCUAAUAAAAUAUUUAGAUAACCAAAAUAAUGUAGAGAAAGAUGGAUUAAUAGAUUAGAUCCUAAUAUUUGCAAGUAUAAUAGUUAAAAAAUAUCUAAAUUAGUGAACCUUGGUCUAAAUAAUAAGAAAUAGAUCUAUUAAAAACUAUUUUAAUAAGGGGUAAAAAAUGGUCAGAAUUAUCAGCAUUAUAUGGUAGAGUAAGAACAGAAAAUUCACUUAAAAAUAAAUAUAAUUCACUUUUAAAAAAAGAAAAAUUAAAAUAUGAAUUUGAAACAAUAAAUCCAUUAUUAUUUGCUAAAGUAUAAAAAUUAAGAAUGGAUUAUGCUAAAAAAUAUGGUAAGAUUACACCUAUAGAAGAAAUUGAUAAUUAUGAAUGGCAAUUUAUUGUUUUAGCUAUAUAAAGUUUAUAUAUUGAUUUAUGUGUUUAAGAAGGUAAAUAUUAAGAAGCUUAGAAAAUAAAAAAUGAUGACUUUUUUGAUUUGUUUCAUAAUGAAAUCACUUAAAGUAUUCGAAAUGAUAUAUUAUAUAAAAAGCAUUUAAAUAUUAAAAGAGUUGAUAAUCAAUUUUAUAUUGAAAAUGAUAGAUCAGGUGUAGUAAUAUUUAAUAGAAAAACUAAAAAAUUAUUCAUAUCUCCUUUUAAUACAUUAGAUUUUUAAGGAAUAAUGUUAAAACAUCUCUAUAAAUCAAUAAAAAGUGAAGAAAAUAAUAGUAAAUGUCCUACAUUAACAUAAUCAGACCAUAAUAUGUUACUACUUUAAUAAUCAAUAGAUGAUAUUAAUAGAUAAAGUAAUAUAUAACCAAUACUAUUAUUGGCUAAUUAACCUUCAUUUAUGAUGCCACUAGGUUAGAGUAUGAUUAAUAGUUAUUGGUUACCUCCAGUAUUACCAUGUAUGUCAUAAUCUAUAGGUGGUGGUGGAUAUUAGUAAUAAUAAUAAUAAAAUAUCUAAAACAUUAUAGAUUAGAAAAAAUAAACUAGUUUCGAUGAUUUAUUCGGAAAUGAUAUUAAAGUCGUUGAUUCAGAUGGUGAAAAAUGA